AUGAAAGGGAGCAAAGCCCUGACUUUGGGUUACAAGCGCAAUAUUAGUCCUAUUUUGACGGACUUGGUUCAAGGUGAAUUCAUGCAACUUGGCUCAAAAGAAACUGAAAAUGAACGAUUUGCCCAUUACCUUACAAAAACGUACCGGAAGACGGCUUCAUUGAUUGCGAACGCACUCAAAGCGACAGCGGUCAUAGCUGAAGCUGAUGAUAAUGUUGUAGAAUUAGCGUUCCAAUAUGGCAGAAAUAUUGGUUUAGCAUUUCAAUUGGUAGACGAUAUGCUGGACUUUGUCUCAUCCGCAGAGACUAUGGGUAAACCUACAGCAGCUGAUCUGAAAUUGGGGCUUGCAACGGCGCCAGUCUUAUUUGCAUGCGAAAAGUAUCCUGAACUUAAUCCCAUGAUUAUGAGACGGUUUAGUGAACCUGGUGACGUUGAGCGUGCCUUCGAAUUAGUACACAAAUCACAUGGAUUAGAACAGACGCGAUUCUUGGCCAAAAAACAUUGCAUCGAAGCGAUACGAUUAGCGCAGGAAUUAACUGAGUCACCUUACCAGAAGGGUUUACAAGUAGUGGCCGAUUUAGUCAUUAAUCGUAUGAAAUAAAAUAUGUACAAUAUAUAUGUAAAUAUAUAUAUAUAUGCAGAAUACAAAA